GUUUCAUCGUUAGGGUUAUGUUUACCAUGUUUUUUUUGGGUUAGAAAUUUUCAAAAAGUGUUUUCCCAGUUUUCCUAUUUUAAAAUUAAUUAAUCAUUAAACAGUUUGGUUUAAUUUUAAGCUGGAAAAUUCAUCUUUAAUAUCGGAAUUGUCUAGUUUUCGAAAUGAGCCAACCUGAGGGCGAUUUUAAACCCAAUCAAGAACUCUUGGAUGUGCUAAUUAGUAUGGGAAUUGCGGGAAAUGCAGCUGCAGAAGCACUUUUCUGUACAGGCAACAAAUCAGCAGAAGAUGCAAUAAAUUACAUUUUCAAUGAAGGUAAUUUUGAUGAACAAAAUUCUGGAGAAGUGGCCGUUGACAAUGACGAAUGGGAAGACACCGCACAAGAUACACCCUACUAUAAAAUGACCUUUAUUGUAAACUGUAGCUUAAAAAUGGGCACAGGCAAAAUUGCGGCUCAAGUGGGCCACGCUUGUCUGGGUUUAUAUAGGAAAAUGAUGAGGGCGAAAUUGGGCGACGAUUUGAACCAAUGGGAAGAAUCUGGUGAGAAAAAAAUUGUUUUGAAAGGCAUCAGUGCGGAACACUUGACCGAACUUUACGAAAAAGCUAGAGAAGCCAAAGUUCCGGCUUAUUUAGUAAGAGAUGCUGGUCAUACGCAAAUUGCUGCCGGAUCUGUAACAGUUUUGAGUUUGUUUGGGCUUGAGGAGAAUGUGGAUAAUAUUAGUGGAAAAUUGAGUGCAAUAGCAGCAAUGGAGAAAUUUUACUACAAAUUACUUGUAUUUUCGUUGCAUUACUUUGCUGCGUUUGCUCAAUGUAAUAGAACUUCAGAAGUUACAUUGGUUGUUUCAUCCAAUGGAUGUCCACAGGAUAAUUAUUACUGUGGUCAUAAUCGGUAUCAGGAAUUGCAGUUUUUUACAUGCUUUAACAUAAAUAUUUUAGGAAUUUACCAAACAAUCCGUAAUAAAUGUAGUUCUAGCGAUCCUUGUUAUAUUAUCUUGAAAAACUCUUCGAUUCCAACUUUAAAUCCCACAGGAUACUAUUGGAACGGUGUUAAAAAAUUACAAAUACAAGAAACAAAUACCAAUGAAAUAGUUCCAGGUUUUUUUAAUCGAUUUGACAAUUUGGAAGAACUAGAUAUCAUCAAAAAUAAACUUACUAAAUUAGCAAGUGGCGAAUUUACCUCGAUGGUUUUACUUCGUGUUUUAAAUUUAACAGAAAAUCUAAUUGAAACGGUUGCACCUAAAAGUUUUUCUGGGCUAUUGAAUUUAGCAAUACUGGACCUCAGUAGAAAUAGGAUAACACAUUUACCUGAGUAUAUUUUCGAGUAUCAGAAACAUCUGUUUUAUGUAGAUGUUUCGAAUAAUAUGCUAAAAAAUAUCGAUGGUGCUGUUUUUAAUAAGCAAUCCCUCAAAACUCUAAAUAUAUCCUAUAAUUAUUUGAGCGAUUUUGAUUUUAGUCAAUUAGGGAAUUUAACUGGAUUAGAAUAUUUGCGUUUUGAUCACAAUGUUUUAUCUUCAUUACCAAUUAACGCUUUUUAUAAUUUAAAUAAACUCACUCUUUUGGAUUUGUCUUUUAACCAAAUCAAGCAAAUUCCUUUUGGCCUUUUUAACGAUUUAAGUGAACUAACUGACUUGGAUUUAUCUAACAACAACAUGAUUUUGGAUUUUCAUACUUUAUCAACACUAAAGUCUUUAAAAGUGUUAAAAUUUUCAAAUAAUACUGUUGAAAAUUUUGACGUCGACACAUUAUCCAAUCGUUUUAAGUAUUUAAAAUCUAUAACUUUAUUGAAUGAUCAGUCUUGGAAUUGUAAUGAAUUAGCUACAGUGAUUCACAAACUUCAAUUUAACAAUGUAAGCGUUAUUCGUGAUCAAAGCACAAAUGGAAGUAAUAUUUUAGGAAUAUCCUGUACAAAUUCUUCACUUUUUCCUUAUUAUGAUCCUAGAGAUAAAGUAAAUGAAAAUGUUACAACUAUAAGCACACUUUUUUUAAAACUUAUGCAAAAUUUUGCUAUUAACACAUCAAACUCUUUAACUAAUAUAGAGGCAUAUAUGAAAAAAAUUGUCUAUAAUGAUAAUACAAAGUCUGUAGAUACAAGUUUAAAAGGAAAUGUGCCUUGGCAAAAUAUAUCUGUGCCAUUAAAGGAAAUUUCGAACAAUAUAAAGCAAAUAUUUCGCAUUAAUCCUAUAGAUGUAAGUUUUAACCAGACACUAAUUAAUUCUUUAAAUGACAUUUCAAACAAUAUGAAACAAGUUUCAAAUUCUAACUUGGUAUCAGUUGAUAAAAAUAUAGAAUCCAAAGCAUUGAUCAGUGAAAAACAUCAUGAAGAAAGCAAAUCAUACAAUUAUGGUUUAGUUUUUAACAAUAUUUUACUGGCAAUGAUUUUAUGUUGUUUGAUUUUGUUUGCUUAUCGUAAUUUUGUGAAAGCGAGAAUAAUUAAUAAUAAUGCCCAAGAACAAGUACAAUUAAUGUAA